CGGUGACACUUUGCCACAGUUGGGGGCGCUGUUGUGGAUCGUACGGGGUUAGAUGCUCGACGUGAAGGUAAAAGGUCAAUCUGUGUUAACGUGUCAGCAGACUGUCGGCACACCGGUGUCACUCCACCCGCAACGCAACGUUAGGUGACCUGUAACGUUUUCUCAAAAAAUGGCCAAAAAACGGAGAGAAAGACGAGAGACCGACGGCCUGUCCUCGGCACAGGAGGAGGUGAAGGCGAAUGCUACCGACCCUCUAGCGCUGAAAGAGGCUCAUCACACUGCAGGGGGCUCAGCACGCAUGUCCCUCCUGAUUCUUCUGUCUAUCUUCACCUGCUCUGCCUCAGUCAUGUACCUGGUCUACAGGAACUUCCCAGAGCUUCCUGAUGAUGAAAUGGAGAAAAUCAAGAUCCCUAAAGACAUGGAUGAUGCCAAAGCUUUGGGGACUGUGUUGUCUAAAUACAAAGACACCUACUACAGCCAAGUGUUGGUUGCCUACUUUGCAACUUAUGUUUUCCUCCAGACAUUUGCAAUCCCUGGAUCUAUCUUCCUCAGCAUCCUGUCUGGAUAUCUUUACCCUUUCCCCUUGGCUCUUUUCUUAGUCUGCUUGUGCUCUGGCCUGGGUGCUUCCUUUUGCUACAUGCUGUCUUAUCUGGUGGGCAGACCCAUGGUCUACAAAUAUCUCACAGAGAGAGCACUGAAAUGGUCCCAGCAGGUUGACAAACAUAGAGAUCAUUUAAUCAAUUACAUCAUCUUCCUGAGGAUAACCCCCUUUCUUCCCAACUGGUUCAUCAACAUCACCUCACCUGUCAUCAAUGUGCCUUUGGGGGUUUUCUUCAUUGGUACUUUUCUCGGAGUGGCACCACCAUCCUUCGUAGCGAUCAACGCAGGUACAACACUGUACAAACUGACCACAGCCGGCGAGGCUGUGUCCUGGAACUCUCUGGCUGUGCUCGGUGUGCUUGCCGUGCUCUCCAUCUUGCCCGUCUGCUUCCAGAAAAAGCUGCAGCAGAAACUAGAGUAGAACACUGAACAUCGCAGCACCUCAUCUGCUGUCUGAUCCCACAUCCCCAUCCCUCGGCUCAGGAACACGCAGCUGUCACUCAAGUUGCUCUGCCUCGGUCUCAUACACAGCUGCUUGUGGUGCCUGUGGAAGAAUCUCUGAACACCGACACAACAAGCACUCAUUGACCACAAAAUGCAUGCAGUGGUGGGUUGUUCCUGAUAUUAAGUAAAGUAUAAACUGGCCGCUGCUUGCACAUAUUUUUUGGUUUCUGUGAAUUAUGUUGUUUGUGCCACAUCCUGUAAAUAAGAGGAAUUGCAUUAUUUGUUUUUAUUGAAGGCACUGCUAAUCGUUGUAUGAUUCUUGCCAGAGAAUUAAAGGUGCUACUUGUAGGAUGUUGAAUUAAAACAUGUUAUUUUGAUACUUGUAUUUUUAAGAAAAUGCAAGUACCAGUGGCUCUAAAUGGCCUUCUAUCCAUCAGGAAUAGGGCGUUUCUCUGUGCUUGCUAGAAACUGCUAAAAACAUCACUUCACAGCAUUCAAAAGGGAUCCUGAUUUGAACCCCUAGUAAUUGUCAUCAAUACCUUGUUAAAGUUAUUACAAAUAUCUGUAUUUUUUAAUCCCUAGAGCAGGUUUUCUUAUAAACAUUUGCCUUGAAAGUAGCAUAUCAAUUACUACAUCCUAUUUGUAGCACCUUUUAAGAUCCACUCCCUUUCUAAUAUUUAUUUUAACAUGCUUGUGUCUCAGUUGAACUUAAUGAAGUGUACCACCACAGCACCUGGUGCUUGCCUUGGUAAACGUAUGCAGGGUGGAGGAAGAAAUGCAGUUACAUAGGAGGACAAAAGGUAACACGGCUGAUCUUAGUAGUGUGUUGAUACAUGGAUGAGUUCCUGUGUUCUUCCUUGAAAGGUGCCUGGAUCCACUGCCACAUAAGACCCUUUUUAUUUUCAAACCUUUUCUGUUCACGAUAGUAAUCUAAAUCAGCUCUUUGUCACUGUAACUCAUAAAGAGCAAGCUAAGCUGAGGUAAUAUUUCCUCACAGGAUGAUCUGGAAAGCAUUUUCAAUUGGUAUUUAUAAUUGACAAGUGAAUAUAGACAUCAAAACAGCAGAUUCAUGUCUUGUAAGAUGCAAGCAACCCUGACAUGUUGGUGAAAAGCUAAACAGAAUUAUUUUUUCUGUAAAUGUAAAAAAAAAAAAAUCACAAGUUUACAGACUCUCCUCAUCAGAUGGGUCUUGAGUUUUGCAUAUACUGAUAAUUAUGCACUUCUAUGUAUGUGCUGAGAUGUGCUUCCAUCUCCACCCCUAUGAUUUUGUUCGCUACACCAGUAUAGAACUGGGGAUGUUGUCCAAGCUAUGGAUGAUACACCAGUGCCCUUGAUAAGACUGCCAACAGACUGCGAGGUAUCUAAGCCUUAGCUUGCUUUUACUGCUUCCACUCUUCACUGGGAGAAAUGUAUUAUGAUGCCUGAUUUGUGUCGUUAGUUUGUGUUCUUUUAAUUGCGCUGAAUGACUAAUUUUGUCCUGUGUUAUAAAAGCUUGCUGAAUUUUUCA